GGCUGUAAGAGUAAUCGAUUGGAGUUUGAGGGUAUAUAAGAACUAUGGAAGUCACUGGCUAUUAUCUGACCUCAGAAGUAAAGCAUUAUGGCACUCCUUUGGCUACUGUCCUGCAUUGUCCUAAUUGGAAGCACCUAUGGUUGUGGUGUCCCUGCCAUCAAGCCAUCUAUUUCUGCAUAUGCCAGAAUUGUAAAUGGUGAGAAUGCAGUUUCUGGGUCCUGGCCAUGGCAAGUGUCUCUACAGGAAAGCAGUGGAUUCCAUUUCUGUGGUGGAUCUCUGAUCAAUUCCCUCUGGGUUGUUACUGCUGCUCACUGCAGUGUGACAACUGCUCACCGUGUUGUUCUGGGUGAAUAUGAUCGCUCUUCCUCCGCAGAACCUAUUCAGACUAAGACUAUUGCCAGGGUUUUUAGACAUCCUAACUACAACUCCUACUCCAUCACCAACGACAUCACUCUGCUGAAACUCUCCAGCGCUGCAACUUUCAACACCCGUGUAUCCCCUGUGUGUGUUGCUGCCAGCGCCGAUGCUUUCAAUGGUGGAGAGAGAUGUGUCACAACUGGAUGGGGAUAUAUUGAUGCUUCAUCCCGCCUUACCCCAAGCAAACUGCAGCAAGUGGCUCUUCCUCUGUUGAACAACACUGACUGCCAGAGAUACUGGGGAAGCAAGAUCCUUAGUACCAUGAUCUGUGCUGGAGCCUCUGGAGCCUCUUCCUGCAUGGGUGACUCUGGUGGACCUCUUGUGUGCCAGAGGAAUGGAGCUUGGACCUUGGCUGGAAUUGUGUCCUGGGGAAGCUCUUCCUGCUCUACAUCAAGCCCAGGAGUAUACGCUCGUGUCACUGUUCUUAGAGCCUGGAUGGACCAGACUGUUGCUGCUAAUUAAAUGUAUUGUUAUGUAUAUUUACAUUCUAAAUAAAAAAACAACAUGAAACAUU